UAUUAGUUCAGUGGCCCAUUAAUGUGCAUAUUGCCUGCUCGUUUUCGGACUCUCUUUUGGUUGAUUUCAUGAUUGCGGUAAUUGUGUUAAUUUUUUGGGUAAAUAAGUUUGAAAAGGUGAGGGUUGAGGGGGUUAUGCAUUUAGUUGGUAGCCCGAUUGGGGUCAGUUGGAAAUUGCAGGCUAAAUUGUGGCAAAUUAGGCAGGAAAUCAAUGUUAAAAGGGAGUUAUGGUUUAAAAAGUAUAACAUUUGCAUGUUAGAUUUUUUAAUAAAUAUUUUUAAGUUUUUAGGGACAUCUAGAGUAACCUUAGCUCCUCUCUUCAAAGCAGCUUAACUUUUAGUAUAUCAUAGCCCCUCGAAUCAAGCCACCCAACAUUCGUCAUCGUAGUUUUCCUAUAUUUUCUAACAAAUUUCCUACAACAACCUAAAAGAAAAUGUGUGACUCGGACUCUGGAGAUAGUACCUCCUCGCAAUCCUCCUACAUAUCCCGCUCAUCAUCCUCUUCCUCUCGACUGAGUGAGUUUGUGGAUGCCAAGACGGAGCUGCAGGAGAUCUACCAUGACAUGAGUAACUACCUAUCCAGUUUUCUAACCAUCAUAGAAGAAAGUGUUCUUCUGAAAGAUCUCCAAAUGCUAGAUCAACUUAACAUCUUCACCAGCAAAGUAGAAGCCAUAGAGAAGGUUCUCUCAAGGAAUCGCAUGAAGGUGGCUUUCUUUGGUAGGACCUCAAAUGGCAAGAGUGCCGUGAUCAAUGCCUUGUUGCAUGAGAAGAUCCUGCCCAGUGCCAUGGGUCAUACAACCAGUUGUUUUUGUCAGGUCCAGGCUAAUAGCACAGAUGAAGCAGAGCACUUGAAGAUCGAAGAGGAGGAGCAGCAUUUGGAGUUGAGUGCUCUACAGGACCUGGCUAGUGCACAUUCUCCGAGGGCACUAAAGCCCAGGACACUGUUGCAUGUAAAUAUGCCCAGGAGUCGCUGUGCCCUCUUAGAUUACGAUGUGGUUUUAAUGGACACACCUGGCGUGGAUGUCACAGCUCAAAUGGAUGACUGCCUGGACAACUAUUGCAUGGAUGCGGAUGUCUUUAUUCUGGUUCUCAAUGCAGAGUCCACUGUAUCUCGUGUGGAGAAGCAGUUCUUUAAAGAAGUAGCCUCCAAGCUCUCACGUCCCAAUCUCUUUAUACUAAACAAUCGCUGGGAUGUGGCCAGCAGUCAGGAGCCGGAUAUGGAGGUUCAGGUUAAGGAUCAGCAUAAGGAACGCUGUCUCAACCUGCUCAUAGAAGAGCUGGGGGUUUAUUCUAGUGAAGAGCAAGCCAGGCGUAGGAUAUAUCAUGUCUCAGCCUUGGAGGCCUUACAGUUGAGAAACGGUCGCAAUAAGAAUCCCUCGCCGCAGACUCAAGAGCGGUAUCUGGAGUUUCAGCGAUUCGAAAAUGAUUUUUCCAACUGCCUUGCGGAGUCUGCUCUGAAGACCAAGUUUGGUCAGCACUUACUAAGUGCCCAGGAGAUUUUAAACCAGUUAGAAGCCACUUUGAUAGCUCCUUUGAUAGCUAAAGUUACUAAACUAAUGAGGGAUAGUGAGCAGAGAAGAUCAGAGUUGUAUUUGGAAAUGCACGAUCGGGGAAGGCAAAUAGAAAAGACGAGGGAAGAGCUGCAAUUCCGUUGCCAGAAUUUAGAUGAACUGACUCUGAGCUUAAGUCAUUGGGUUCUAAAGGAACAGAUCAACAAGAUUGUUCCCUCAGCCGUGGAGUCCUUUAAGCAUUCGUUCUGUACUCACAUCCCAAUGCACCUUAUCCACUACCAACGGGCCUUGAGUGCCCAUUUGGAUGCCCACCUAACGAAUAGAUUCGUGGAAUGUCUAUCCUUGCCCCUGCAGGUUAGGCUAUGCCAAUUGGAGAUGGAUUUCAAGGGUGAGGCGACGGAGGAAGCUCUUCGAUGGCAGCUCAUCUACAACUUGAAUUGUCAUUCCUAUAUGGGUGACUUUCAGCCGGAUCUGAGGUUUCGAUUCUCGUGGGGAAUAGCUGCCCUGUGGCAUCGUGUUCGUGGGAUGCUGUCACUGCCCUCCAACUCAGUUCAGAAUCGCAAGUUACUCAAUGGCCACAAGGAAGCACCACCUCCGGCACCUCUCAUCCACCAAAAUCAUUUCCAAAUGAUAGCAUCUCUGGUUAAGUCCGAAGGUUGUCUUGGAACCUUGUUAGUAGGUGGCCUGGCAGUUCGUUCCGUGAACUGGUUAACCAUCUUGAUCCUUGGAGGCCUUGUGGGUUCUGUAUACCUCUACGAGCUGUUCAGUUGGACGCCAGCGGCUCAAGAGCGCAGCUUUAGGAGUCAGUACACCAAACACUUGCAACAGCAACUCCGAGCGGAUGUGCAACAAACAGCGAAUGGGUUUGAACUCCAAAUGAGGCAACAGCUGGCCAAAGUCCAAAACUGGUGGAUAGCCGAGGCGGAGGAGUUUUCCAAUGACCUGGACUUGAGAACCUCGGAGCUGACCAAGCAAUUAAAAUCGAUGGAGGAGUUGCAGCUGAACCUGAAGAAGUUUAGGGGCAAAGGAAAUCUGCUGGCCAUAAGAUUGGGAGAAUUUCAAGAGCUCUACUUAAGCGGUAGAGGAUGAAAGUUUUUGAGGAAGUUAUAGGAAAAUUUAGAAGGCCUUUUUGGGAUAAUUUUAAAUUUGUUUGGUUUUUGUUCAAGUUUUUAUUUUGUUUUAUUUUAAAUUUAUAUUUUGACUACUAGUAAAUUAUCUUUUAAAAGACUUUCUUGAUAGUUUUUUAUACUCGCUUUACCCAAAAAGUCAAGCUUUUUUGGGUUCUUCUUUCAAGCCCGAGCAAGGCAAUCUUAGCCAUGCAAAUUUAAGCAGUUUUUAUUGCUGUUGACUGUUUGAAUUACUUGAUUAGAUUGUUUUUUCUUCCUCUUGAUGGCUCACACACACACUCGCACAUACUGACAAGCCGAGAUACAUGCACAUGCUGGGAAUAAGAACAAGAGAACCAGUUUUGACUUCUUUUUUUUUGUGUGGCAGACUUACGGCUUAAACAAAGCGUCCAUAUUGAAGCGGCCAAAAGCAAAAGUACAACAAAAUACAGACUCGCACACAUACAUAAAAAAAACAACCAAGCUGAACUACAAGCUCCGCCCAUUGCUCACACACAUACACAAGGCAAGCGAGUGCGCAUGAACAAAGGCAGCUCAAAACGGGGAGGAAGUUAAUACGGUUGUUUCGCUCGCACUUAGGCUCUGGCAGCGACUUGAGAGCGCCAUUUCUCUUGCGCCGCUGCCGACGCUGGCAGCGAUGGCGGAGCAGCGACAGCGGCAGAGAC